UGCGAGGGAAAGCCAGUCUGAGCAAUGAAGCAGCUAGCAACCAUUGCUUUCUUUUACAUCCUGACAUGGGUACAUUUCACCCACUGUCAGGAUAGGAUAGAUGUUCUCAUGAAGAAUUUUGAGCUGCAUAAGAAUGCCACAUUGAAAGAAAUGGCAGCCUUUAAGCAGAAGCAAAAUGAGACACUGGAAGUACUCAAGGUAUAUGGAGACCUUCAGCAGAAUCAGAACGACAUACUGGAGAAGCUCUCAGGAUAUGGAGACCUUCAGCAGAAGCAGAACGACAUCCUAGCAAAGCUUUCAGGAAUGCAGGAGAAACAGGAACAGGUCGAAGGCAAACUUCAAGAAAUGCAGGAGAACCAGGGACAUAUUAAAGGCAAACUUCAAGAAAUGCAGGAGAAACUUCAGCACGUCGAAAUUAACCUUCAAGAAUUUCAUCAUGAACUGGAGCACAUGAAAGGUGCUGUGAACAGCAACCAGGACUCCUUGCAAAAAAUGCAGAAGAUGCUGGGCUCUAUGGAGAACAAUCUGCACAGUGCAGUGAAUAACACGCAGGACUCCUUGCAAAAUAUCUCGGCGAAACUGGAGAAAUUAGAAGGGAUCCAUCAGGAAACCAAAGGCUGCCUCAGAAGGGAGAACUUGGAACUCUUCAAGAACAUAUCAUCAGCUGGACAGCAAGAGCUGGAAUCUCUCCUUCGCCAAGAAAUAUCUGGAGUCAUCUCUUUGUUGGAGACUGGAGGAAUAGAUGAGUGCUCAGAGGGAAGCCACAACUGCACUGAUUAUGAGGCUUGCGCUGACAAGCUAUUCAAAUAUCAGUGUUCCUGUCUGCCCGGAUUUGCACGGGAUGGUUCGCUCUGUGAAGACGUCGACGAGUGUGCCCAAGGGAAGGACGACUGCAGCCCCUGGCAACAUGCAGGAACUACGUCGGGAGUUACAGCUGCUCCUGCAACCCACCUUCCGAGGGAAAUGGGGAUUCCUGUUCCUGCCCUCCUGGAUUUGCACAAAAGGGUUCGAAUUGUGAAGGUGAGACAGAUUACAUAGCCUGUGCUUAU